AUGUUGCAUCAAGCGAAUACCAAAAAUGUUCCUCACGAACACCAGGUGCAUCGCACUGGCUCCUGGCUUCCUUCGGACCACCGCGUGCACAAGAAAUGGCUCUCCGGAAUCAUUGAGCGUGUGGAAAACAACCCAAAGGAGCUCCAUCCAGUAUUACAGGAGUUUAAAGAUUUGAUCGAGAAUAAUACGCGCAUCUACAUUUUCGUCAACUCCAUGUUUGAAGAGGUACCCACCAAGAAGCCCUAUAACAAUGACCCUACAGGACACAAGCAAGUGCGUGAUUAUCACCACAUGCUGGAGCUUUUCAAUCAUAUUCUCACUACCGCGCCUGAAUGGAAUGAUCAUGAGUACUCUGUUGGAGUGGUUGGCACGCCAUUCAAUGCAAUCCUGGACUGGCCCAUGGGUACACCAUCCGGGUUUGCUUUCUUCCUGGAUCCAGAAGUCAAUAAGGUGAUUAAAAAAGUCUUGAACGCAUGGGCCGAAUUCCUCGCCUCACCAGCUUCAGCAUAUGUGCUGGGCAACGACAAGAUCGGCUGGCUCAGUGACCACGGUAGCCAUGACCUUGAGUUGACGGCAAAUGUGGGCCCGACCUCUUACAGCUUCGAUGAGCUCUACGAAUGCGAUCCCACUAAAGAGCACCAUGGUUACAAGUCGUGGGAUGACUUCUUCACCCGCCGUUUUCGCGAAGACAAACGACCUGUUGCCAGCCCAGAUGAUGAUAGUGUCAUCGCCAAUGCUUGUGAGUCCAAGCCAUACAAAGUCAGCCAGAAUAUCGCGCAACGGGACCGCUUCUGGAUCAAAGGCCAGCCCUACUCUCUCAUGGAUAUGCUGGCCAUGGACCCGUUACAUGAGCAGUUCAUUGGCGGAACCGUGUACCAGGCCUUCCUCUCCGCAUUGAGCUAUCAUCGUUGGCACUCACCGAUCAAUGGCAUAAUCAAGAAAGCCUACUUAGUUGAGGGAACUUACUUUUCCGAGCCAUUGUUUGAAGGCGUCGGUGAUCCUUCUAGCCACGGUGGUAUAAGUAGCGAUGGCGAGAACAUAGCCCAAGGCUAUAUUACUGCGACCGCUACGCGGGCAAUCAUAUACAUCCAAGCCGAUAAUCCGGACUUGGGUCUCAUGUGUUUCAUGGGCAUUGGUAUGACCGAGGUUUCCACCUGCGAUAUCACGGUCAAGGAGGGCGAUCGUGUGCGCAAGGGCGAGGAGAUUGGCAUGUUCCAUUUUGGCGGAAGUACGCACUGCCUUAUUUUCAGAAAGGAGGUCAAGUUGGAGGGAUUUCCCGAUACGCAGAAUAUCGAGCAUAAUGUUCCUGUCAGGUCGAAGUUGGCUGUCGUGAAAAAGACUACUUAA